GGUCGUGUGCGCGCGUUAUGGCAGAGUGUGCGAGUAAGCUUUUGUCGUCCUCUCCGACGACUCCGGUCUCGAAAAAAUCCGUCUUCAAUGCUAAAACUACCCCCUGGCAACAGCGUCUUUUUGGAAAGCAACUCAUCAAAUGUUCACAAGUGAAUCAGGAUUCAAAACCCUGCGAGGUGAACAGUGUUUUUACAACUGAGGAUUGUCGAUGCAUUUGCGAAGUGAUUGGUGUUUACUUUAGCUUUAUCAAUCCCGGCGCCACGUGCGAUGAUUUUACCCGACAUUUAACAGAACUUUAUAAUAGUGUUAAUGGUUAUAAUCAGGAUAACGGAACGACGGAAGAAAAUCAGGAGAGGAUUAAGAGGAAGAAAUUUGAGAUAGUGCACGUGGUGCUCUGGAGCAAUGUUGCUGAUGUCCUCGACUUUGAGGAAAGUUUCAAAAAUCAUGUGGCUGAGCUGCCAUGGGUUGCAGUUCCAAAUCAAGAUUAUGAAAGAAAGACACGACUGACGAGGAGGUACCGUAUAAAAGCGGGGAUGCCGACUCUGAUUCUGCUCGAGGGUGGCAAUGGCUCCGUCGUGACCAGAGGGGGUGUGGAACGAACCCUUGCAGACCCCAGCGGAGUUAACUUCCCUUGGAAACCACCUCAUCCUAAAGCCACCCUCGUAGACGGCCCUCUUUUGCCCUGUGGCGCUCGCGACAGCAAUGAGCCCAUGCUCUACGAGGAGCUUCGACACUAUUUCAAGGGUGUAUACUUCAGUGCGCACUGGUGCCCACCUUGUAAGGCCUUCACACCCCAACUGGUGGAUACAUAUCAAAGAAUUCGAGAGAGAGGACAUAAUUUCGAAGUGAUCUUCGUCAGUUCCGACAGGAGUGAAGAGUCGUACAACAUAUACACAGGAACAAUGCCUUGGUUAAGGAUACCUUUUUCUCAAGAUGAGAGAAGGCAAAAAUUAGCAAGGGCUCUGGACGUUCAGGCAAUCCCUACAUUGGUGAUCCUCGACCCCCGAGAUAACAUUAUUACUCUAGAAGGUCGAGCAGAACUCUUAGAAGAUCCUGAGGGCUUGAAUUUUCCUUGGACGAGUCGCCUCGUAAAUAUUUUAACAGAAAAAUAUGCAACUUCUUUGCAUGAUGCACCAGCUAUUAUUCUCUUCGUCGAGGGAGAAGAUUGUGAAAUUCAAUUUGGAGAGACUGUUUUACUGCCAGCCGCAGAUGCUUAUAGAAGAGACAGACCAGAUUAUGAUCCAAAUUUUGACGAUCUUGAUGAUAUGCUUCAAUUUCAUAUCGCACUCGAUUGCGAGACUUCCGACAUUCUUCGCGAGUUUGUCGGUCUGGACGACGCAGUUCCGCUUCUCACGGCAAUUGACAUUCCCCGAGGAGUCUACGCCGUCAUGGAAGACGGAGCUGAAAUCACGGUCGAUUCCGUCCAGCAAUUUGUGGAUCGAUACCGUAACAAUAAACUUCCCGUGAAUAAAAUCGCCGCAGUGCACAAAUCCACUCGACAAGAAAAAAUAACAGACUAAUCGAGGCGAAACCAAACCAAUUUUCCAACGUUCUUUCUCCCAGAACUCGAAAAUGUGAUGAAGACCUCUAGGUGUGAUGUAAAACGUGUAUAAAUUUUUUUUAAGGUAAUCCCUUAGGGUGCAGAAUGAUGUAACAUAUAGAUGAAGUAGUAGUUAUAUUUAUUAAAUGAAUGUUGAGUAGAUUGGCCAGGCAAAAGCGAUCUUUUAUACCCCCGCCCCACAAUUUGAAAUAAAAACACAGAGGUUAAUGCAAAUUUUGAAUGUAUUGUAAAAUUUCAUCACAAUUUAGAACU